ACACAGAUAUGGGAAAUGGGUCUUCAGUAGAUUCAGGAGCUUUAAUGAAUGCACAACACCCCUAUUCCAUGUAACAGCUUGAACUGAAGUAACUCAGUUGAAACCAAAUGUGUUAUUCUUAACAUCUUAACAUCUCUUAAAUUGCAACAGAAGCAGUUAUGAAGCCUGUUGCACCAGCUGUGACAACUCCUCAGAAGCACCUCACUCAACCUAACACACAAACACACACACACUCGCACACACAUGCACGCACACACACACACACACACACACACACACACACACACUCACUGAACUCAAACACACAGCCCCCAUCAUCAUGUCCUACGUAUUCUCCAGUGAACCAAUCAAAGCCCCGAACCUCACACAUAGGGGGUGUAUAUAUAUUCCAUGCCUAUUGGUUCUCCACACAGACCACUCUCAAAAGGCGACGACACCUGCUGUCACUCUCCGGACUUGACCAAGCUUGACCAGCCGCCCGCCCCGAGCCAUGCUCUGCUCCCAGCUCCAGCUCCUGCUCGUGUCCCUGUGCACCUCCGCACUCCUGGGUGGGACCAGCGCCGCGCCACAGAGGGACGUCCUGGAGCAGCUGCUCAGAAACAACGGCCAUGGCAAGGACCCCGACCUCAGUGAGGAUGCAGCCGAGAUGCUACGGCUGAGGAUCCUGGCUGACCUAAUGUCCGAGGGGGAAGACGAAAACCUCCUCCCGGACCGAGGUCCACAGGGCGGCCGCGACCAGGUGCUGCGGCAGCUCCCCAACUCCCAGCGGGAGCGCAAGGCGGGCUGCCGGAACUUCUACUGGAAGACUUUCACGUCCUGCUAGCCAAGGGACAGCAUGGAGAGCUACGCAGCUCCCAGUUCAAGAGGGGUGGGGUGGUGGGCAGGGGACAGAAUAAUUUGUUGGUAGAUUUAAGGUGAUUAAAUCUCACUGCUCCAUUCAUACUCAUACACUGAAUGUCACUGUCUGUCACUAUUUACUCACAAGGUCACUUUUUAUGACUAUGCUGUACAUGUACCUGAUAACAUUAGUAUCACUAAAAGUGAGUUUGAACAAUUGCAAUGGUGAUAAAAUGCACAAAUGAGAGGUAUGAAUGUCAGUGUACAUGAAGAUCUCUAGUCCCUUGAAAGAUGCCAGAUAUUUACUGGUAUGUUUGACCCUACUGGAUCCCUCAGUAGUUGAUGUGGCGGCAAAAAGAGCUUAAAUCAUGGAAAAGACGACGGAGUUUGAAUGUAUUGCUUAGCUUUCGACCUAAGCACAAUGAAGUAUUGGGUUUGUGCAGCUGAAUGUGUGUGUGUUAGUUUGUGUAGGUGUGUUUGAGUCUUGGAUUGUGAGAGGCCACUGACAGACACUUCUCACCAAUAUUUUCAUUAAAAGUCAAGAGUGUUUGUAUAUGCCUCGGGCCCUUUCCUUGGUGGUGGUAGCAGUGGCGUGUGUGAGUGUUGUGUGUCUGUGUUCGCACAUUUUCUUUUUCUUUUCUCACUUCAAAAUACUGUAUGUCUCUGAAAGGGAAACUUAGCACACACACUUUGCUUCUGCCAAAUGUGUAGAACAUAUAUAAAAGAAGAGUUAAUUUGCAGAAACAAAUACUCUAAGCGCCAGUUUAAUGAAUUUUCAUAAACCAUUUUCAUGGUGGAUUUCAGGUAAUAUCAAACAAACUGAAGUUGGGCUCUUUUAAUUAGAUUUAUUUUUAGUUAAUCAAA